AUGUUAUAUUCAGUUGAAGAUGCUGAACAUAGGCUCCAUCUGCCUCAGGUGACAAUGAUUUUUAACGAGUCGUUAAGGCUAUAUCCACCAGUUGGAGCGCUUGAUCGACUGCAUCAUGACAAGGAAAUAUGGGGCGAAGACGCAAAAGAGUUCAAGCCAGAGAGAUUCAGUGAAGGCAUUUCUAAGGCAACAAAGGGCCGAAUGACAUUUUUUCCAUUUGGUGCAGGACCUCGGAUAUGCAUUGGACUAAACUUUGCAAUGAUAGAAGUGAAGAUGGAUUUGGCUAUGAUUCUGCAACACUUCUCCUUCGAGUUAUCUCCUUCUUACACACAUGCGCCACAGUCUAGAAUAACUAUGCAACCCCAAUAUGGUGCUCCUCUUAUAUUGCACAGCUCUGGCAUCUGCUUUCUUGCAAUCAAAGGCUAG